AUGAGGCCUCCUGGAUCUACCCCCUUACCAGAGGCUCACAAGGUUGACAUUACUAAGAAAGAGCCUAAAGAGCCCAAGGAAAUUAAAGAGUCCAACUAUGUCCAUAGAGACAAGUAUCACGGUCGUGGCCGUGGUAGAGGACGUGGUGGUCGUGGCCAGUACCAAGGAAACCAGUAUGAUGGUCAUGGUCGUGGGAACCAAUCCGACUUCGGUCGUGGUCGUGGUAGAGGCCGCGGAAUCUUCAAACCGCAACACAAGGCUAAAUCGGUUUUUCACCGAUGUGUCUAUUAUUUUUUUAUAUACAGAAGGUUAGAUGGCAAGAUCGUAAUCAUAACAGGCGGAGCUAGCGGGAUUGGAGCUGAAGCGGCUAGGUUGUUCACGGACCAUGGAGCUAAAGUGGUCAUCGUUGACUUACAAGAAGAGCUUGGUCAAAACGUUGCCGUUUCCAUAGGGCUAGACAAAGCAAGUUUUUACCGUUGCGAUGUAACGAACGAGACGGAAGUCGAGAACGCCGUUAAAUUCACCGUUGAAAAACAUGGGAAGCUUGACGUUCUGUAUAACAACGCCGGUAUCUUGGAACAGGCCGGAAGCUUUCUUGAUUUGGAUCUUGAGCGGUUUGAUCAGACGAUCGCGGUCAACGUUCGCGGUGCGGCUGCUUUUAUCAAACACGCGGCUCGUUCCAUGGUGGCUAGUGGAACUCGUGGCUCAAUCGUGUGUACGACGAGUGUUGCAGCCGAGAUCGGUGGUCCGGGACCUCAUAGUUACACGGCGUCUAAGCACGCGCUUCUCGGGCUGAUUAGGUCAGCGUGUGGUGGGUUGGGGCAAUAUGGUAUUAGAGUCAACGGGGUUGCACCGUACGCGGUUGCGACGGGUUUGACUAGCAUCAAUGAGGAAACAGCGAAGAUGGUUGAAGGAUAUUGUGAAGCUACUGGGAAUCUCAAAGGUGUGGCGCUUAAAGCACGUCAUGUGGCUGAAGCUGCUCUGUUUCUGGCUUCUGAUGAAUCUGUUUAUAUCAGCGGUCAGAAUUUGGCCGUCGAUGGCGGGUUUAGCGUCGUUAAGCUCACCAUGUAGGCUCUCUUUCAUUUUAAUUAUUGAAUAUAAUCUACUUAAUAAUAAGUGAUUUCGAUCAUUGUAUGGUUGUAUUUUACGCUCUUGAAUAUCUAUGGUCUCAUUCUUGUGUCUUUUACCUUGAGUUUAAUAUAAUGUGUUGAAUCAACACAAUCAAUUUGUUUGA